AUGAAGACGGGGCUCCAGGACGAACGAGGAACCGAGGGAAUUAAAGUGCAACUUUAUAAAGAGGAUGAUCAACUGUUUCUCCGCUUUGCCGUUGCCGUUGACCUCGGGAGUUUGGUUUUCUUGGACUGGAUUUUCUUCCGGUCCGAGAGCCGCUUCUCCGCCUCAAAGCGCAGUGAGAUCAAAACAACUUUCUGGGGCAACAUGAGCGGUCCUGCACGUCGGAUUCUUUGGACCAUCUGA